CCUUGGACAACUAAUCAUACUGAUCCAUCUGAGUCAGCCAUAAGGUUUGGUGGUGUAUAUUUCAAAAUUAGACUCCACUGGAAACCCUAGUCAAAUUCAAACACUUAGCAAUAUAUUUGCACAAACAUAAGUAUAGUCAAAUCUCCACACUCGUAUAUAUAAUCCUUACAAAUCCUCUCUCUCUAUUCUUCUCUUUGCUUCCUUCAUAGACCUUAAACGUUUCUCUCCUCUGUUCUUCUUCUUCUUCCUCCUCGGUGCUACUUCCAUGGCAGUCUCGGACUCUGGUCCCGUGGUCCAGACGACCUCGCUCGUCACUUUCCUCCAGCGCGUGCAGCUCGAAGCACACAGGUCCUACCCUACGGAAGAAACCCCUGACCCCAAAUUCUACAUUGACCUAUCUCUCAAGCAUCCUCACCAUCUCUCCACCGUGGAGUCCGCCUUCAACGAUCUCACAAGCGGAUCAUUUGACCUGUCAGUCCCAGCGAAGAAGCUUGAAAAGUUCGUCGGUGAAUACUUAGACGAUGGGAAGGAUCUGGUGCCACAUGAGCCAGAGGAUUUCGUCUCACAUCCCCUCGACUUCUUCCUCAACGUGGAGAACAAUCAAGUCAUAGAAUGGGCACGUGAGGUGCACUGCCUUUGGAAAACCCUAUGCUACAGAGUCUCUGAUUCUGUGAGAGAGUCUCCUGAACGCCACACGCUUUUAGCGUUGCCGGAACCGGUUAUUAUUCCCGGUUCGAGAUUCAAAGAAGUUUACUACUGGGAUUCUUACUGGGUUCUCAAAGGACUUUUGACUGGUAAAAUGUUCACUACAGCCAAAGGGUUAGUGACAAAUCUGAUGUCACUUGUGGAGACUUAUGGUUACUCUUUGAACGGAGCUAGAGCUUAUUACACUAACCGAAGCCAACCACCUCUAUUGAGCUCAAUGGUCUACGAGAUCUAUAACGUAACCAAAGAUGAAGAACUACUGAGAAAAGCUAUCCCUGUGCUUCUCAAAGAGUACGAGUUUUGGAACUCAGGAAAACAUAAGGUGGUUAUUCGUGACGCUAGUGGUUGUGAUCACAUGUUAAGCCGCUAUUACGCCAUGUGGAACAUGCCUAGACCUGAAUCCUAUGUUUUCGAUCAAGAAUCUGCUUCAGGGGUUUCGAAUACGUUAGAGAAAGAACGGUUCUAUAGAGAGAUAGCCACGGCUGCUGAAACAGGAUGUGAUUUCAGCACAAGAUGGAUGAGGGAUCCUCCUAAUUUCACAACAAUGGCUACAACAUCAGUUGUUCCUGUUGAUCUAAACGUUAUUAUUCUCAAGAUGGAACUCGAUAUAGCGUUCAUGAUGGACAUUUGUGGGGAUAAAGAAGGUUCAGAGCGUUUCGUGAAAGCGUCAAAAGCGAGAGAGAAAGCGUUUGGAACUGUGUUUUGGAACGAAAAGGCAGGACAGUGGUUAGACUACUGGCUUUCCUCCAAUGGUGAUGAACCUGAGACAUGGAAACCUGAGAACCAGAACACCAAUGUUUUUGCAUCUAACUUUACUCCAAUCUGGAUUAGUUCCUUCAAUUCAGAUGAAAAUCUUGUCAAGAAAGUUGUGAAGGCUCUUGGAAACUCAGGGCUCAUUGCUCCUGCUGGGAUCUUAACCUCUUUGACAAACUCAGGACAGCAGUGGGAUUAUCCAAAUGGAUGGGCCCCGCAACAAGAGAUGAUUGUUACAGGGCUCGCGAGAUCGGGUGUAAAGGAAGCUAAAGAGAUAGCAGAGGAGAUUGCAAGGAGAUGGAUCAGAAGCAGCUAUAGUGUUUACAAGACAAGUGGGAGUAUUCAUGAGAAGCUCAAUGUUGCGGAGUUUGGUGAGUAUGGUGGUGGAGGAGAAUAUAAGCCACAGACGGGUUUUGGAUGGUCAAACGGAGUUAUAUUAGCAUUCUUGGAGGAAUUUGGAUGGCCAUCAGACCUCAGCAUUGAACCAUAGAUUUACUACCUUUUAAUAAGCUUUAAAUAAAAAGAAAUUUAUUCUUAUUUUAUCAAGAAAACUUUAUAAUAGUGGUUAAUUUGAUCGUAGUUUCUAUAUUGUGGAUCUUUUGGAGUUUCUGUACGAAUGUUUAUGAUCAAUAUUAUCGCCAAAAUGAGGUUUAAUAGAUCUUA